UCUCUUCAUUCCCUACUCCUCACUACUCUCUUCGAUUGCUGUCAUCCAAGACCCAUUCUAAAGUAAAAUAAUUUCCUUCGGAAAUAUUCACCAGCUUUUAUUGAUCCAUGAUCGUCAUAAAUGUAAUUAACAUUGACUGUUCUGUGCUCUAAAAAAGAAUCUGAAGAUGGAUGUAAGUAUCAUUGAACGCCCACAGGCCUCAUCAACCCCAUUUUUAUCUCAUGAAUGUCAUGAACCACUGGCAAAGCGUCCAAAACUCGAGACGUCGAAUUCCUCAAACCCCAAUAAUCCAAGCAUUGUUUCUGUGCCCAACUCUGAGACUGAAAACAAAUGUUUAAAAACAGAACUCAUGACCCUCCGAGUCAGAUUGUCCGAGUCGGAAGCGACUGUAACCCAGUUGCACAGGAUACGAAGAGAAAUCGAGGAGAUUUUCGAUAAAGAGAGAAUAAUGCUGCAGCUUCAGAUCAAAGUAGACAAAGAGCUGAUAGACCAACUCCAAGUGGAUCUGGAUAAAGCAGUGAGAAGUGCUCAUGAGGCACUCGAAGCCAAAACAUCUGCAGAAGCUGCGAUGUCCCAAAUGGUGAUCGGUAUGGAGGAAAAAUUUUCAGAAUUGUUAAAGGAAAAUACAAGACUGAAAGAAUCAAUUCCCUCAAACUCUGAAGAAUUUCCGGAGUCCCUGGAGGAUACAGAGUCCCUACAGAAGUUGAGGAUUGCAGAGACGAAGAUUCUCGAGUUGGAAGACAAGCUCGAAGAGAGCAUUAUAUCUCAGAAGGAAUUCGAACUUCUCAGUGCUGAGCUGAAUUACGUUACGAAUCAGAAGAUAAAGAUAGAAAAAACUGCAAUUUUGGAGAAGAAAGCUGUUCUCACACGUAUGCAGGAGCUGGAGGACGAGUUACAAUCAUCCCAGAACACCAUUUCAAAUCUUCGCGAAGUUGUGAAGAAAAUGGGAUUGCUGCAGGAGAAGAAAUUGGAGAAUACAGAGACAGUUGAAAAGCAGGUGGUUAAGCUGCAGCAGAAUGGUGAUAAAUCUUCUGCUUCGCCUGAUGAGAUGCGUUGUCCUCAGGAAGAAAAGGAAGUAAGGGAGAUCCAUAAGUUGCAAAAAGAGCCUGAUGGGAGACAAGACGCUAUGAAGAACAAAGGAUCUGACCUAAAAUUGACUGACGAUGGGUCUACGUAUUCAGAUGAUGACGACUCUUCAUGUAAAGUGUCAGACAGAUAUGAAUCGUCAUCAGGUAGUCAACCUGAUGAUAUUGAUACGAAAAUGGAGAUAGCAAUGUCCGAGUCAGGAACGAAGAGUGUUGAAAUCAUGGUGGGGAAUCAUUCAAUUCUAGUUUCAGAUGAGAAAUUCUUUGAAGUUGAUUGGCAGGAUGAAUACAUGGACAAUGGAGACGAGUACAGCUGCAUGAGGUGCGAAAAGACUGAGACCAAUAGAAUGAACAUGGAGGAUCAUGUAUGGGUUGUACAUCAUCAAGGAUAUUUCGAGUGUCCUACAUGUUCUGCUGAUCAUUACAGGUGCCCCUUAGCACGGAGGGACAGUAUCACACAGCAUAUGAUGGAAUGCCAUGCACAUCUGAUACAGUUUGGGUAGUUGAAGGUGAUAGAUUCAUCGAGAGCUGAAACUGAUGGAUUUUUCAACAGUUGAAGUUGAUAGAUUUGUCAGAAGUCGAAGUUCAUGAAUCUGUUCAUCUAUAGUUUCAGGUAGUCCUUUCGAAAAAAGUGAAUGUCAGUCAGUCGUUAUUUUAAUUUUUUCAAAAAAAUCUAGAUUCCGUUCCCAAGUUAUUAACAAUUAAAGUAGUUUUUUAUGACCAUGAUUAACGUUUUAUAGGAAUUUUUAAUGAAUGGCAUCAUUUAUUUAAGGAAAAAAUUCCUCAAAUUGAUGAAUUUGUCAACAAACGAAAAUUGUGAGUUUAUUAACAGUUGCAGUUAAUGAAUUCCAACUUCGUCGAUGAAGAAAUAUUUCGAGGGACAAUUUUACAAUUUAUUUUUUCAUGAUGUCCAAUUAGUUACUACGCCUCCGUCGAAAAAUCAUGGAAGAAACAUUACCUCUAAUGCACAGUUCUUUAUUUUCAGUAAUACUUUCAUUUGUGAGGAUUUCGCGAUCAUUCUGUAAUGAUCAUUUCAUUGUUUUUACGUUGAGAAAUAUUCAACUGACAAAUUAAUCAAGUUAAUAACAUUGCUACUAGUGGGAUCUGUCAGCGUUUUUCAAAUUUGUUUAUCCGUACUCAUUCAAUAUUAAACUGAAUAA